GUAAGGGAGAAAGGAGGAGAGGAGUCAGCAGCCGCUAGAUGAAAAUGGCGGAGACCGUACGCUCGUUAUUCGACUACCGAGAGCCGCCGACACUGGACAGCGAUGGAGAGGGCAGCAAGCCACAACCUCCGCGAGGACGUGGCUGUGGAAGGAAAAGGAAAGGGACCCCAGUGAAAGUGUGUGAUCGUGUUUUUGCCACAGAGGAUGAUGAAGAGAGCACCUCAGAGCACAGUUAUUGCCCAGGUGAAGGUCAGUACCAGGGAGCAGAAGGGGGUGAGGCAUCAACCCCUCCCUCCAGAGGGUCAGGGCUCGCGACUAUUAUUGUGCCAGAUCCCGGACAGCUCUGUGUGUCUGAACAGGGAGAGGAGGGGGACAGUGGUGCGCGGGGGCCUGUUCUCUACCCCUCCACCCCUAACUGCCGCAUCCGGGAGGUGCAUUGUGGGAAUCAGGUGCGGCUUGUCGUCAUAGCCAUCCGCGACAUCACUAAGGGAGAGGAGAUAACGGUGGACUACAGUCUGACUGAAUGGGGCGAGAACGCAAUGGGUUUCCAUGGCACCGUGCCUCCGGCCGGCUUCGAGUGUAACUCUGACCCUGAGAAUGGUAUCAAGAAGGAGGAUGAGGCUGGGCAGGUGCCGGUCUCCGUCUCUGAUUACCUCACUCCAUCCUGGUCCCUCUCUCCGUCUUCGUCCCCACUGUCGCACUCCGACGGCAGCGACUCUGACUGUGAGGAAGACGAGGACGAGGAGGGUGCCAACGGCUCAGGCCAGAGGGGCCGUACCCAGCACCGCCACAAGAAGCGCCGGCCAAACCCCUCACUGGCCCUGGCUUCCGCCUGCCCCAAGAAGAAGCCCCCGCAGCCGCGGCCUCCGGGCCGCCCGCCCGGCUGCUCAGCCACGGCCUCUGCGUCUUCGGCGGCCUCUGGCAUUCCCCGCUCGCUGCCGUCCUCUCCGCCGCAGCCACCUCAGCCGUCACGCCCGCUCUUCAAGUGUCCAGCGCCGGCUGUGGGUGCCAGCGGGGUCCACCUGCGCAUCCCCAUGCCCUACAAGCAGUGCUGCGUGUACUGUGGCCGCCACUUCCGCUCACUGCAGCGCCACCUGGACAAGCACCAUACCCACCAGCCGGACGUGCGGGCGGCCCUGGAGCGCGCCCAUGCCCAGCCGCACCCCUCGGCACACCCCACGCACCUCCACGCCUCCCUGCCUUCCUCCUCCUCCUCCUCCCUUCCCACGCCUCGAGAUCGAUCCCGGCCAGCCCCCGGCUUAGACACGCCUUCUCCCAAUUCCAGGAGGAGCCCCGCCUUGUCCCCUGGGCCCCGCAAGAGCCCGGCCCCGAUAGUGACAACUCCACCCAGGAGGGGCGGGGUCCCAGUGUCUGUGUUGAAGAGGAGCCCACCCAUGCAGGUGGUGAGCCCACCCAGGAAGGCAGGACGGAAGGUGAAGAAGGAGAGAGAGGAGGAGGUGGAGGAGGCCGAGAGGAGGCCCAAGGAGGAGGAGGUGCCCACACCCAUCUACAUGGAGCACAAGGAGGUGCUGGAGAUGCAGCAGCAGCAACAAGCCUCUCAGCCACGCCCACUCCCAGCGGUCACUCCAGAUGAGGAUGAGGACGACGAGAACGGCAUGGGCGACUACGACAGCGGAGCUGAUGAUAAGAAGGAUAUCAUGAGUUCCAGGCGGCCCCACAUCAUGCCUCUGCUCUCGUCCCUGUCGUCUCUGGUGCUGUACCUGCGCAGGCUGCAGCACUCGGCCUUCAUCUCACUGUCUCGAUCACCACAGUCGGCCGAGGCCUGGCGCCUGUUGUGCCACUCCAGCCUGGCGCUGCUCAUCCUCUACAACCGCCGGCGUGAGUGCGAGGUCUCCAAGCUCACCAUCAAUGAGUACCAGUCGCGCAUCACACCGCAGUGCCCCGUCCCGGUGCCCCCCGGCGCGCCGCCGGCCCUCACGCCGCUGGAGGCCUCGCUCUCUCCGUUCGAGCGCCUGGUGCUGCCCCACCUGCCACGCGUGGGCGUGCAGGGCAAGCGCGGCCGCGUGCAGCCACUUAUCCUGCCGCCACACUCGGAGGCGUGCCUGGACAUGCUGCUGCAGACGCGGCCCGGUGUGGGCGUGGACCCGCUCAACCCGUUCGUCUUCGCCCGGCCAUACCACUCUCCGGCGACGCCGCUGCGCGGCACCGACCUGCUGCGGAGCCUGGCGCGCUCCAGUGGCACGCGCAACCCACGCGCCCUCACGCAGACACGCGUGCGCCGGCAGGUGGCCAUCCUCACGCAGCUGCUGCUGCUGGCCGAGGCCGAGGAGGAGGCGCAGAAGGGCGCCGCCGUGCAGCGCCUGGAGGGCUUCCUGCACCGCGAGUACCACGUCACCCAGAGCUGCGCCGGCAUCAGCCAGGACCCAGGCCUGAUGGGGCUCAUCGGCCGCGUGGUGCUCUGCGGCGAGAGAGACGGCGUGCUCUUCCGCGGGAUGAGCCUGCACCACAUCUGCCUCGAGCUGGACGUGAUGUCAGCAAACUCUGGGGACUCAUUUUCAGAGGAGUCUGACAGCGAGCAAGGGAAGGAGAAGAUGGUGUCAGUGACCCCGGCGGCCAUGAUUAUGAUGAAGAAGGGCUCGCCCAACGGCAAGUCCCCGCGUCCCAAGAAGAUGAACGGAGCGUCGCCGUUCUCUCCCGGCCGCAAGAGAGGCUCUGGCCAGCCCAAACCAGGGAAACGCGGUGUGCUGAAGCGGCCGUGGUCGGAGGCAGAGAGGGCAGCCGUGGAGUCACACCUGACGCGGAACAUCGCUGAGCUGCGCGUGCCUGCCAAGGCUGACUGUGAGCGCUGCCUGGAGCUCUGCCCCCUGUUGGUGAGCAACCGGCGGGACUGGAGGGCCAUCAAGUUCUACUGCCACAACCGCAUCCAGCUGCUCAAGAAGACCCGGCAGAGAGAGGGCAACAGCUCUGACCCCCUGCCCAUCUGCUAAGAAGAGAGAGAGAGAGAGAGCAAGAGAGAGAGAGAGAGUGUCCUACAGAGUAAGGGAGGAAAAAUCAUCCUGAGGGAUGAGAGUUGUUAAAAAGAAAUCGUUAACUAACACUUUUUUUUUUCACAUGAUGGGUAGUUUGAGUGGCCAAAGAUUCUGCCUCCGUUUUCGUAAUUGUACGGUACACAGAAUGGUACUUCAGGGUCUCAGAGUUAUUUUGAGACUGCUUAGGACUCCAGAAAGCUGACAGUUGCAACAAAGAAAAUAUAAGUGACGCUUUGUGCUACAUGUUUUUACUAAAAAACCUCCUAAUAUGUUCCUUUUUCGAGUCUUAUGUAGAGGAUUUUUUGAUGGAGGCAGUAGCUGCUCUCUUUAUUUUGGUGUUUGUUGAAACUGUGCUGCUCCUGGCUGUUGGGAGUGUUGGCUAGGAGAAUCUGGUCUGACACAGGCCUCUGACGCAGAGACCAAAGGACUCAAAUCACAGGCACAAUUGUGUGAAGAUGAAGGAUUGUCGAUAAAGAGGAGGAAGUGGAGGAGCUGAAAGAUGAAUGUUGACCACUUUUGAGAUGAACCACAGAAAGACACUACUUAUCAAUCACUCACUCUUCUUUGGAGUGUCUGGGCAGCCCAAAGGUUUGCCAAAUGGCUUUGAAAAUGUUAUGUGUCACCAAGUGUAUGUAUACUACAGAUUGAUCUUUGCGUUCUUAUCAUUCUAUGUAAUGGUUUUUUUUUUCAAGUGGCCAGUGUAGCUUAUAUAUAACUGUUGUGGACAGCUACUUCCUGUGGUGUACAAAUGGAUGUGCUAGUGGACAUAUUUGCUGAACUUCAAGCCCUAAGGGCCCUCAAGACCAUGAGGUCAUCACAAGGUCACAAUCACUUCACCCAUAUCGAACACGUAGCUUAGCCACACAUCUCAGCCUCAGAUACUUGAAGUUAUUUAACAGUUCAUGCCUUCUGUUACUACACACGGUUUUCAGUCUCUCUGCUAGUUGCAUUGUAUAUAUAGAUAUACUAUUAUAAUUAUAAUUAUUAUUAUUGCUAUUAUCACCAUAAUUAUUACUAUUUAAACUGGUUGUGUUUUUAUCGAAAUAUCUCUCCAUUAAGCUGUACGUGUACAUAAGGUUUUGUAAAUAAUACAACAGACAUGCAAAGAUGACGACGAUGAAACACACUGUAUAGACAUAUGCUUCGAUUAUUUGUGUUCAAUGGUGUUUUUCUUUUUUUACUGGUCUGUAAUAAAAGUAACUUUGUUUUUGCAAA